GGAUCGAGCCGUCGCUGAUGGGCGGAGGAUCUUCUGUUCCUUACUCGUUUCUUCUACUUCGUUCUUGCUGAAUAAAAGAAAAAUUAAUAGACGCGUUCGUCGAUUCCUACUUCCUCCCCCUUUCUAUUGUUCUCGAUUUCUUCUCCAAUCCGUUUGCUUUGCUGUUUUCUGCAGGAAUUAGUAAGCUUGCUUAGGAGCGAUCAGUUUGCUGACGAUUGUUUGUUUUGGUAGAAGAUCAAGGAAUUGAAUCGUGAAAUAGCCAAAUUUCACGAUGAGCGAAGUUUUUGAAGGCUACGAGCGCCAAUACUGCGAGAUAUCGGCAGCUCUCUCGCAUAAGUUGACAUCUACUGCACCUCUCAGUGGAGAACAAAAGAAUCAAAAGGUAUCAGAAAUAAAAAUUGGUUUGGAUGAUGCUGAGUCCCUGAUUCGCAAGAUGGACCUUGAGGCAAGAAGUCUGCAGCCUAGCGUCAAAGCUGGAUUAUUGGUGAAGCUGAGGGAAUACAAGUCGGAUCUGAAUAAUCUGAAAGGUGGGCUUAAAAGGAUUACUACUGUGAACUCUAAUCAAGCAGCAAGAGAGGAGUUGCUGGAAUCAGGAAUGGCUGAUACACUUGCGGUCUCUGCUGAUCAAAGAGGAAGAUUGGCUUUCUCAACAGAGAGAUUGAAUCAAUCUACAGAAAGAAUAAAUGAAAGCAGAAGAACAAUGUUGGAAACAGAAGAACUCGGUGUUUCAAUUUUGCAAGACCUACAUCAACAACGUCAAUCUCUGUUGCAUGCGCAUGGCACACUUCACGGCGUGGAUGAUAAUAUCGGCAAGAGUAGAAAGAUCUUGGCAGCCAUGAUAAAAAGAAUGGACCGAAACAAGUGGAUAGUUGGCUGCAUCAUUACUGCUCUGGUUUUGGCAAUUCUACUAAUUCUGUAUUUUAAGCUCACCCACUAAGAAUUGCUAAGAAGACUUCAUCACAUCGUUCCGCUGCAUAUCAUAUGCUCUCGUAUGUGAACCAUCACUUCAUACAUGUACAUUGAUAUUCAUUAUGAAAGGCAUGUAACAGGUUACGUAAUGAUGGAUAUAUAGUGUUAUUACGUGUUUGUUUUCUGUUAA